UAUAAAAUUUAUGGUAUCUCUCAACGAUAAGCAUAUAAUUAGUUCACAAAUAAAUAAUGAUCAUUUAAUUAUUAAUAAUUAUUCUUUUAAGUCUCGAUUAUUAGUAGGCACUGGCAAAUAUAGAAACAUAGAAGAAGCAAUACAAAGCAUAAUAUAUAGUGAUUGUAAUAUAAUUACGAUAGCAAUUAGAAGAGCGCAAAAUAACCAUAUUUCAGGACUUAAUAUUCUUUUAAAGCGUUUAAAUUGGAAAAAUUUAUGGUUGCUACCAAAUACAGCAGGCUGUAAAACAUCAGAUGAAGCUAUUAGAAUAGCUAAUCUUGGAAGAGAAAUAGCUAAAACCAUCGGUCAAGAAAAUAAUAAUUUUGUUAAGCUUGAGGUCAUUCCUGAUUCAAAAUAUCUUUUACCUGAUCCUAUAGGAACAUUAAAAGCGGCAGAAGUAUUAGUAAAUAAAGGAUUUACAGUAUUACCUUAUAUUAAUGCGGAUCCAAUUCUAGCAAAGCAACUAGAAUCAAUUGGAUGUGCUACUAUAAUGCCAUUAGGAUCUCCUAUAGGCUCUGCACAAGGUUUACAAAAUAUUUCCAACAUUCAAAUUAUUAUAGAAAACGCUAAAAUACCUGUAAUAAUAGAUGCAGGGAUAGGAGCCCCAAGUGAAGCUUCUAAAGCCAUGGAACUAGGAGCAGCAGGAAUAUUAACAAAUACAGCUAUAGCAAAAGCAAAAAACCCUCCUCAAAUGGCAUUAGCAAUGAAUUUAGCGAUUAAGAGUGGAAGAAUCGCUUAUUUAUCAGGUUUAAUAAGAUCAACACAAUAUGGUGUAAAUAGUUCUCCCUAUGAAGGGAUCUUUACUAAUAAUAAUUGAUAAUAAUAUAAGUAUAAUAAAGAUUCAUGACAAUAU